CCAACGCUCAUCUAAUCCUCCAUUCUCCUAUAUACAUUUGUUUCCUGAGAUCUAAGGACUACAAACGCGUCUUAGCAAAACCUCCUAUGGCAGAAAUCCCGAUCGAGAAACUCCAUGCUGCCUGUGAUGAGUGCCGAACAAGAAAGCUGAAAUGCUCGGGCGAGACCCCGCAGUGCAGUCGCUGCGAACGAGAAGGCAUACGGUGCAUCUAUUCACCCCAGAAGCAGAUGGGACGACCUAGGAAGAGGAGACGUGACGAAAUAGACCAACCAACUACGCAAACCUCCACUGCUGCUAGCGAUUCCAGCUCUAGCAGCUUCCCAAGACCUACCCUCACUGACUUUGGAUUGAUUCCUUCACCGGAAUUGGCAGAGUUUUCCGGAUUCUCGGAUUUCCAAGCGAUUAAUGGUCUUGUAGAUUCACUCGGGCCAAUUCCACAUGAUGAUUUCGCUCUUGCACAUCCUUACACACGAGGACAUACUCCCGAUCUCAAUUUUGACAUCGAUCCGAUCAUAGAUCCUUCCCUAUGGGAUGCCCAGCCAAUUGGGUCGAAACCAAAUAAUUCGAUCCCCCUGGUACCAGAUCAACAGCCGGAAGGACCAUGUACAUGUCUUUCGAUCAUGUACCUUACUUUGUCUGACCUCCAAGCUAUGACCUCGUUCUCGUUCCCAGCUGUGAUUCCAAAGCUUCGGCACGCUAUGCGCGCCGUCUCUGUAAUCGUUCACUGUGAGAAGUGUCCCAAGGAGCCAUUUUCAGCCAUCCAGAAUGUCUUGACGAUCUCCUCGCUCUUAAGUGCCCUCGCAGAACGAUUCCACAAGGUUCUUCACGAAAUUGAUCAGGAAUGCAAGAGACUAGAACAAAGCGGCGAGAAGAAACAGUUCCGUGUAGGCGAUAAUAACCCUGCCCACCAGCAUCUUCAUACCGGUACACUAGACUGCCCAAUGGGCUUCGACAUCGAACUAGAAGCUAAAGAAUGGAAACAGCUUACCAAGAAAGCAUUGAAGACAGAGGUCCUUGGAGGUGGCAGUAAUCCUAUCCCUCUUAGCUCGCUUAUUGAUCAGAUGGAGGAGAGACAGAGGGGAUGGCAUACUAAUCGCCCAAACCACGAAGAAAGAGCUCGGAUAUUUGGUGCCCAGAAUAUGUGCUCUAGUAAAGGUGACGAUGCAACAUGUUUGAGGAUGAUUACUCAAGUACGGACCAUGGUCAACCAUAUGGCCUGGGAGUGAAUGUGUUGUGCUUAGUUCUCUUUUGUUUUCGUAGGGCUUUGUUUGCAAUAUCCUUGAACAUUGGCGGGCUAGAAUGGGAAAGCACAAGGCGUCGGAUAUCCGCCCUUCAUUUUUAUAAUACUCCUCAAAAAGUCCGCAAGAGUUUUCGGAAUCUCGCG